AUGCAUGAAUUUUCAGAUGGAAUAAAUUGCUUGCUAUUAGAUAGUUUUACUGACUUUGAUCAAUCCCCUAUUAUAAUUAUUGGUGGGAAUUGUGCAAUCCUCGGACUCGAUAUCUUGGGCAACGAAGUAUUCUGGACUGUAACAGGAGAUUCUGUUUCUGCCAUAACAACGUUAUGCUCUAAAAAUAAUACAAACAAAGACUUAGUAGUCGGCUCAAACGAUUUCGACCUUAGAAUUUUUAGAAAAGAUGCUAUAGUUUCAGAUAUCACCGAAACAGGGUCAAAAAAUCAGCCUGUGUGUCUAUAUUCAUAUGAAUAUUCUCUCAACAAUGAUCCUAUAUUGGUGACUGGAUGGAGCAACGGAAAGGUAUACAAUAUGGUGUUUUAUAAAUCCACUAUACCUGAUUAUCCUUAUAUUUUUAUGAAAUGA